AAACUGAGGAUAUCUAUAAAGAUCAAGCAAAAAAACCAAACAUUUUCAAUCUUAACUAUUCAGAUGACUUAUUUCUAAUAAAAAACAAGACAAAAGGCAUACCUAUAGAAGAAACAGUGUAUUUAAAGCCAAAGAUAUACUUAGUCCUUCCAGUUGAAUAUAAUCCAAUGACUUCCAAAGACUCAGAUUCAGAAGAUCCUAAAAAGAAACUUGGCAUUCAGAAGGCAAAAGAAGUUAAGAAAUAUGUAGUCAAAAAAGAACUUCAAUAUGACAAAUUUUUAGAAUGA